CGUGCACGGCCGUGGGUCAGGGCGAGAUCACGUGCCACGGAGGAGAUCGGCAUCCGCAAGGGCGUGAACCUGCCCGGCCUCAUCGUGGAGCUGCCGGCGCUGUCGGAGAAGGCCAAGCGCGACCUGGAAUGGGGCGUGGAGCUCGACAUCGACUUCAUCGCGGCGUCCUUCAUUUGCAAGGCCAGCGGCGUGCACGAGAUCCGCGCGUUCGUGAACGAGUGCAUUAAGAAGACUAAGUGCAUCGCGCCCAAUAUCAUCUCUAAGGCGGAGAGCUUCGAGGGUGCCUCGGGCGGCAUCAUGUGCGUGGAGGUGACCACCCAGCACGUUCUGGCGUACCAGAAGAUGGUGGCGAGCCGCUGCAACGCCGUGGGCAAGCCCAUAAAUGUAGCCACGCAGAUGCUCGAGUACACGCAGAACAACCUGCGCCCGACGCGCACCAAGGUCUCGGAGGUGGGCAGCGCCGUGCUGGACGGCGCCGACUGCGUCAUGCCUAGCGGCGAGUUGGUGGCUACCAUGAGCAUGGCCGUCAAGGAGACCAACGAGCUACUGCUGCAGCCCACGUACCGCGCCAAGUUCCGGUUCGACCUGCGCACGUCGACCGUCAAGACGGCCAAUGAGAUGCACGUGCAGCUCAUUUUUUGUGCUAACCUCCACGGGCUACACGGCGCGCAAGGUGACCAAGUACAAGCGCGCUUAAAUACGGUCGUGAGCUACGUGAUCCUCGCGGGCGAGGUUUACUUCGAGGAACCAACGGCGGCGAGGUGA